AUGGCUUCCUCUAAACUCAUAGCUCCUCUUCACAUCUCCUUUUACAGCCCCACGCCCAGAAUUUCACGCAAUAAUGGUAAUCAUUCAUUAUUUUCUUCCAAGCGUAUAAUUUUAGUAUCUGCUGCCAAAAGAGUAAAGAGGACUGGAAAAUUGAGGUACCCAUCAGAGAAAAAGAAGCUAAAAACGCUCAAACACAAUCAAAUCAACGAAAGAGACAAGCUUGAGGGAAUUUGGAGGCUUUUCAAGCUCGAGGUCCCAGUUGAGAAAGACCCCGGAAAGGAUUUUCUUGGUGUUUCGGAUGGUUUGCUCGAACAAAUUGCCAAAGCUCUCAAAUUUUCGGUAGCUUCAAUGUUGCCGCCAGAAGCUUUUACAGUAGUUAGGAAGUCCUUUGAUGCACGAAAGAAGGAACCAAAGUUUGUGUAUACUGUUAAUAUGGAUGUCAAUCAACUUCUGAGUUUGCAGCCUCGUACAUUGGACUUUAUUUUAAAAUUGGAGCCAAGGAUUGGUUUGGUUGAGCAUCUGUCUCAGCAAGGAGACUCUGGAGUUUCUGGGGAUUUAACAAACAUCAUAAAGAAUUGCAGAGGGGAUGUUGGAAUUACAGGUUCAGCAGAAGAUGGUGUUCCGGCCAAUAAAAAUGGGAGAUUACUUAAGAAUCCCAUCACCAGCAAACCGAAAGUUGCAGUAGUUGGCAGUGGGCCUUCAGGAUUAUUUGCUUCUCUUGUACUUGCUGAAUUUGGUGCGGAUGUUACAUUGAUAGAGAGGGGGCAAGCAGUUGAGCAAAGGGGACGGGAUAUUGGAGCUUUAGUAGUUCGCAGAAUGUUGCAAGUGGAAAGCAAUUUUUGCUUUGGCGAGGGUGGUGCAGGUACCUGGAGUGAUGGAAAGCUGGUGACAAGAAUUGGGAAAAAUAGUUCAAGUGUUCUGGCAGUCUUGGAAACACUAGUCAAUUUUGGAGCUCCAAAGAGUAUAUUGAUUUCUGGGAAGCCACAUUUAGGGACUGACAAAUUAGUUCCACUGCUUCGCAAUUUUCGAAACUACCUUCAAGAAUUGGGCGUUACUAUCAGGUUUGGGACUAGAGUAGAUGAUCUGCUUGUGGAAGGUGCUCAGGUUAUGGGAGUCAGAGUUUCUGAUUCAGUAAGCAAUCCAUCAUCCACUGGCUUGAAGUUGCCAUUUGAUGCUGUAGUUCUUGCUGUUGGACAUUCUGCACGUGACACAUACCAGAUGCUACUUUGUCAUGAUGUGGAGAUGGUUAGAAAAGAUUUUGCGGUUGGUCUGCGGGUUGAACAUCCCCAGGAGUUGAUCAACAGUAUACAGUAUUCCGAGUUGGCCAAUGAAGUUCAGAGUGGAAGAGGAAAGGUACCAGUUGCAGACUACAAGGUUGCUGAGUUUGUCAACAAUCAACAUGAAGGCACAUCUUUAGAUUCCGGGCCAACAAAUCGUAGUUGCUAUUCCUUCUGCAUGUGUCCUGGUGGUCAGGUGGUUCUGACCAGUACAGAUCCAUCAGAACUUUGUAUCAAUGGAAUGUCUUUUUCUCGACGUUCAUCUAGGUGGGCAAAUGCUGCCCUUGUGGUUUCUGUAUCAUCAAGUGAUUUUGAGGCUUUCAAUUUUGAAGGACCGCUUGCUGGUGUUGACUUUCAGAGGGAAUUUGAGAGAAGAGCAGCCUUAAUGGGUGGCGGAAAAUUUGUUGUGCCUGUUCAGACGGUGACUGAUUUUUUGGAGGGCACAUUGUCAGUAAGAUCUCUACCAUCAUCCAGUUAUCGAUUAGGAGUUAAAGCAGCUAAUCUCCAUGAACUAUUUCCUCCAAACAUCACACAGGCUUUGCAACAUUCACUUUUGACUUUUGAGAAAGAGCUACCAGGAUUUGUCUCCAAUAUUGCCCUUCUUCAUGGAGUGGAGACAAGAACGAGCUCGCCUGUCCAGAUCACGCGUAGUGGGGACACAUACGAGAGUACAUCAUUGAAGGGGCUGUAUCCCAUUGGGGAAGGGGCAGGCUAUGCAGGUGGUAUAGUAAGUGCAGCUGUGGACGGUAUGUAUGCUGGCUUUGCAUUAGCCAAAAAUCUAGGUCUCUACAAUGGAGGUAUAGAACAACUCCUUGGUAGGGCUCGGAAUAAUGGAUUCUCAAAAUACUGA